AUCGAUGCAUCGCUCUGAUAAACAGAGGAGGAAUACUGAGGCACGAUCGAUACACAUACAUCCAUCUAACUACAGCAGUUCAUACGAAGUACACAGCGUCUAUCCGGAUCACCAGAAUGCGAAAUCUACUCACGUGGAUUCUCCUGGGUUCGUUCUGUUUCACUGCAUUGGCCGACUCAUCAGGUGACAAAAUCGUUGAGCAGUCGCUGAUGAAGUCAGACGGGAAUGCUGGCUUAUCAAACCCCGGAGCACGUCGUCGAAUGCGUACGGAUGGAGAAAAACCGGGAAAACCAAGAGGUGAACGAAGAGGUCGUCGUAAACAUAGGAAUCGACGUCGUCGGGGGAAAAAAUGCGCCAAAGGGACUCCUGGCUUCGAAGAUUGCAAACGAAACCGGCGACUUCAGCGUAAAGCAGCGGCUCGCUCGACUUCUCGCAGAAUAUGAAACGGAACCACAAGUGGAACCUUCCUUGCAUUCUAUUCUCACUAAGCUCUUUUAUGCGUUCCUUUUAGCUAAUAUUCUCGAUUCAUUCGUCAAUUUUGGUUUAAACCAUACUGCACACGUCUGACACAUGCUUUUCCUCACACAAACUGUGGAUAUUGUUCCCCAGUUCAAUGCACUCCCAUCAUUCAGGUUCCAGUCGAUUACCUGCAUUACUUGUCGUCCGUAUGUGCACUAAACUCCGAGAUUUGUGGGCAGUCAUUCCAUCGACUUUCCGGCACCAUUAUCUUGCGGACUGUGAAAUUGCCAGUUUUCCUGCUUCAUUAUCAAUAUUUUAACAAAAAUACGUUUUGUUCGAUUACCUGCAUUACUUGUCGUCCGUAUGUGCACUAAACUCCGAGAUUUGUGGGCAGUCAUUCCAUCGACUUUCCGGCACCAUUAUCUUGCGGACUGUGAAAUUGCCAGUUUUCCUGCUUCAUUAUCAAUAUUUUACCAAAAACUACGUUUUGUGUGUGUGUGACGCAAACUGGGCAGUUCCAAUCAGCCAGCCGCACUUAUGUUCUCUUAUUUAGCUGCGAUCGAUAUGAUGGUUGCGACUGUUCCACUGGUGCCAAAUCCGAACAAAUGUUAUUGAAACCUCGG